AUGGGGAGACAGUGGCCAUGUGCCCUGGUGGGUGGCCUUGGCUCCCGCGUGGGACAGCCACCUCACCACGCUGCAGCCCGCCAGCGCUCCCCUUUUAGAUUUACCCACCAUGGUCGUGAGGAAUCGCUCGAUGUUGGAGAGCAGGGCCUGGCUGAACACUGUCGGAAGAAAUUUGUAUAUGUUGAGCCAUCUAGGAGAGUUAAAGAAAUACUUGAAGAAGAGCUUCAUUUUCAGAGAGAAGCUAAACAUCCAGCUGCAGUGGCUCUGGAAGGAAUUUGGAGUGUGAAAAAGAAUUUCUCCAUUGGAAGCCUGAAGCCAGUGUCACAGAACAGAAACGGUUUACUUUUACAGCCUCGAUUCUACUCAAGGCAUGCAGGAAUGAAAA